AAGUAAUCGGGUUUACUCCUACUGCUCGAGUAGGCUCAACACAAAAUCUAAUUGGUACCAAGCUCUACUUUGCAGGUGGAUUCACCGGUCUCACCCAACCGUAUUCAAACGAUUUCUUCUACCUAGACCUAUCCAAUUCAUUCCAGAUCGAUAAUCCACCAUGGGUAUCUUUGAGUGCAAGUGUCCCAAUUUCGCCCACAUAUUCUACUUCUAUUACUAGUCCGCUUGAUAAUUCCACCAUAUAUCUCAUCGGCGGAUACAUGCAAAAUCCCAGUACAAACUCACCAGAUAACAAUACGCUAGUAUAUACAUUUAAUUCUAAUACUACACAAUGGACCAUACCUACGAUAGGUGGUAGCAUACCAGCCGGACGUCAAGAAAUGGAUGGUGUGGUAGAUAAUACGGGAAAAGUAUACAUCUUUGGUGGAUAUGUGAUAACCAAUUCUACCAGUAAAAAUGGAAAUAUUUUCGAUGAUAUUAUUAUUUUCGAUAUUAGCACAAAUAUUUGGUCGACUAUUCAAUCAACUUCAAACUUUCCAAACCCGCGGAUAGAUUAUACUGCGAUACUCUUAGAAAAUAAUGUGAUCGUUUAUAUCGGAGGGAGAGAAUAUGCUAGCAGUACCAACCAAACGCAAACAUUGGUUAAUUUAGACGAAGUAAGUUCUCUGCUCUCCUCUGAUUUAUAG